CGGGUGGCUGAGGCCGCCCACGGCGGCGCCGGCGUCCGUCUUAGCUGAUGUGUGGUCUAUGGAGUCAGUUGGUGCUGGUGGCGGCGCGGAGGCAGGAGGCGGUGUCCCAGUGGGGGCCUUUGCCCCGCCAGAAUGUUACCGGGCUUGGCCGCCGCCGCUGCGGCCCACAGAUGUAGCUGGUCCUCCCUGUGCCGGCUCCGUCUGCACUGCAGGGCGGCGGCCCGCGGCUCCAGCGAGCGCCAGGAAUGGCAGAAUUUAGUGACAUUUGGAAGCUUUUCAAAUAUGGUUCCCUAUAGCCAUCCAUGCAUUUGUACACUGAAUCAAGUAAAGUGGUACUCUGCAAAUGUUCAGAAAGAAGGACCGGGGUCACAAACUGUCAGAGUGGAAAAAGUACCAUCAUUUGAUGAAACAGCUGAAAAUAUAGGUGCAGAACUCAAAGCUCCACUUAUUAAGCAAGAACCUCUCCAAGUAAGAGUCAAAGCAGUCCUUAAGAAGAGGGAGUAUGGACCAAAGUAUACUCAAAAUAAUUUCAUUACUGGAGUCAGAGCAAUAAAUGAGUUCUGCCUUAAAUCCAGUGAUCUAGAACAACUUCGAAAAAUCAGACGACGAAGUCCCCAUGAAGAUACCGAGUCCUUUACUGUAUACUUGAGAUCAGAUGUGGAGGCAAAGUCUUUGGAAGUUUGGGGAAGCCCUGAAGCUCUUGCCAGAGAGAAAAAGCUGCGGAAGGAAGCAGAAAUAGAAUACAGGGAAAGACUAUUUAGAAACCAAAAAAUAUUAAGAGAAUAUAGAGACUUUCUGGGAAACACCAAGCCACGCUCCAGAACUACAUCAGUUUUUUUUAAGGGGCCAGGAAAAGUGGUGAUGGUUGCCAUUUGCAUCAAUGGAUUAAACUGCUUCUUUAAAUUUCUUGCCUGGAUUUAUACUGGUUCAGCAAGUAUGUUCUCAGAAGCUAUACACUCUUUAUCUGAUACUUGUAAUCAGGGUUUACUAGCAUUGGGCAUCAGUAAGUCUGUUCAGACGCCAGAUCCUACUCAUCCGUAUGGAUUUUCAAAUAUGCGCUAUAUUGUUUCGCUAAUUAGUGGUGUUGGUAUUUUCAUGAUGGGUGCAGGAUUAUCUUGGUACCAUGGGAUCAUGGGAUUGCUUAAUCCUCAACCAAUGGAAUCUCUUCUAUGGGCAUAUUGUAUUUUAGCGGGAUCAUUGGUAUCAGAAGGAGCAACACUUCUUGUUGCUGUAAAUGAACUUCGUAGGAGUGCUCGGGCCAAAGGAAUGUCAUUUUACAAGUAUGUCAUGGAAAGUCGCGAUCCUAGUACAAAUGUUAUAUUAUUGGAGGAUACUGCAGCAGUCCUGGGAGUGACAAUAGCAGCCACUUGUAUGGGCCUGACUUCUAUAACAGGCAAUCCACUGUACGACAGCCUAGGUUCUUUGGGUGUGGGUACCUUAUUAGGCGUGGUCUCAGCAUUCCUCAUCUACACUAACACAGAAGCACUCUUAGGGCGAUCCAUCCAGCCAGAACAAGUACAGCGGCUUACUGAACUCCUGGAGAACGACCCAUCAGUAAGGGCAAUUCAUGAUGUUAAAGCCACAGAUUUGGGAUUAGGGAAAGUAAGAUUUAAGGCAGAAGUAGAUUUUGAUGGACGAGUUGUUACAAGAUCCUAUUUGGAAAAACAAGAUUUUGACCAAAUGCUACAAGAAAUUCAACAAGUGAAAACUCCUGAAGAACUGGAGACCUUUAUGCUUAAACAUGGAGAAAAUAUUAUUGAUACUUUAGGAGCUGAAGUGGAUAGACUUGAGAAGGAACUGAAAAAACGAAAUCCUGAAGUUCGACAUGUAGAUUUGGAGAUAUUAUAGAUUUGCUGGAAUGAAUCACCUCGGAGGGAGCCUUGGAAACAAGGUUGUCCAGCCUACUCUCCCACGCUGAAGGAGUCAACGCCAUUCAGAAGCCAUUUUUUUGAAGAUGGAGGAAAUAUUUUAUGUAAAGGGCAAUUCAGUAGUCCACAGAACUAAAACUACUUCUUGCUUCUAAGAGACGUAUUACAAGUGGAAUCCAUUUGGAAAUCGUGUUCUCAUGUUUCAGUAGGAAACAUUUUAGUUACUUAAAUUGUUCAUAAUUUCUCACUUUAGUCUGUCAGAGUGUAUUAUACCUUGUAAUCAUGUUUCCUUUCUUCACGUUGGUAAAAAGAAGCAGCAUCCACAGGAUUAUGACUUUUAAUUUUGUUGCCACUGAAGAUUUCACUCCAUCACAUCCUGCCAAUCUUGAACAUUCUGGCUAAAUCUUGGUUUGUGCUUUUUAAACAGUCACUCCAUUUCAAAGUUUAUCUUUCCUUAUAGAGUGUAGAAAUUAUUUCUAUAAUACCUUGUAAUUUUGCCCUGAGUGCUAUGGAGGAACACUCUUCUAACCUAGUUAUCUGUAAAUGUUCAUUCCAGAAAUGGCUUAGUUACUGAAUUGAAGGAAGACAUUUCAGUACACUUCUUUGGUCAUAGUAGUUGCCAUUUUGUAAAAUUUCUUACCUUUCCUUUGCUUUCUCUCCUUGUUUAGUUUAAUUUUUCUAAUGGUAGAAGAUAGAAAAUAACCCUAGAUGUUUCCAUAGGCCAGUGUGAUGACUGGUUUUUUCUUUUUGUUUUUUAAGUGGCUUCAGUGCCAUAAUAUGUAUUUACUAGGAGAUAAUGCAUUUAUAAGCAUUUUAACAUUCUGUAAAAUGGACUAGAAAUAUUUAUAAUUUUACAGUCAGGACAGCAUUUUAUUUUUAAUUUAUUUAAAAAGAGGCACUACUUAUGUAAAUCUGGACUGUGGGAUAUUUCUUGCUUUAAGAGAAAGAAAAGCAAAUCUCUCGUGGAAACUUGUGGCCAUGAUUUUGUAUAAUGUCAUAGUCGAUAGUGUGUCUGUAACAUGUUUUUUGCAGUUACAAAUGGGCAUUUAACACAAUAUAUGACUAUAACACUUAUAUAAGUAAGUAACUUUCUAAUGAUCAUAAAGUUUCAAGAUGGAAAAACAUGUAAUUCAGUAAUUGAAAAUUCAGUGCAAAACUACGGCUGUGUCUCCAUUCAUCAGAACAACUCAUACGCACUUUAAGUUGUUCAGGUAGCAUUGUCCAGUUCAGUGAGCAUUGUCCAUGCAAGAGUGGUGGCUGGGUGAUCUCUUUGCUGGAUAAGUGAGUGCUAGACAUUAGACCUAACUACCAGUGUGAAGUCAGUGUCUAAAAACUUACUUAGAUUGAACUUUAUGAACUACAGCAAAUUGUAAUGCUGGAAGCAAAAAAUAAACAUUUGAUUAAAGGGUUUGUAAUGAUAAUUUUUUGAUCCAGAAAUGUCAUUUACUGGAAAAUUGUGAAAGUUUACAUUGGUGUACCUUUUUUUUUUUACCAUUGCAGAGCAUUUUGUGUGCUGUACAUUUUAAGCAAAAUAACAUUCCAGUUUUAUUUUUUAAGAUAUAAAAUUGUUUUUUUAAUAUAUAUACAUACACACACACACAUACACACACAUAUAUACACAAACACACACAGUUUGAUUCUCUGUUCUUACGGUUUCAAAUUCUUCACCCCUACUUUUUAAAAAACUAUUUUUUACCCAUUAUAAUUCACUGUAUACUUUCUAUGUCUUCCUGUCUCCCUUUUCCCACCUGCCAUUUGUUAUUUCAUGUCACUGCCAUGUGGGAGGGUACCAAAUUAUAUCCAAUUUCCUCCUCGUAAAAUUACUCUGAAAAAUUUCACAUAGCUAGACAAGAAUAAUUAACUCAUUGAAAAAAAUAUCAAAGUUGAUGUGUAGAAGUGAUUCCAAAUGGUAGAUUGUUUUAGAACUUCCUGAAAGAGGGCCGUUCCUGAUAUUUCUUUGAGUUUUCUAAUUUGAUUUUGAUUGAGGUCAUACUUCUUAAAUAAUUGAAGGCUUAUGUUUCUGACUUUUCUUUCCAGUUCUGUCCUGCACUGAUAUUUUAAAGUUUGUUUAAGCAAAAUUUGACAUAAAGAGCUACAGCCUAUCUAGGAAUUUUGAAUAUUUCUGUGGAAUCAGGCAAUGUAUGACAUCACUAGUACUUUUGUUUUUUCCUUUUAAACUAGAGUCAAAUUUGAAUAUAAAACCAAGGAUUGGGGUCUCUUUCUUUACAAAUUAACAUAAUACAUAAUCUAGUUGUCCAGGUUUCUUGUUUCUGUUUUUUUCCAAAUUAAUACCUCUUACUUUAAGUCUUGCCCUGAUGCAUAGUAUUUGAAUAUUUAAGCAUAUAAAUUUUAAUAUUUUCAAGGAAAAUAGCUUCUGUAGUUGAAUAAUUGCAAAACUAAUGUUGCACGGAGAAGAGGGCAGUGAAGGACCCAUAAUGCCUAUGUGUACAACGCUGAAAUUUGGGAACUAUCAAAGGUAAAGUAUACUUGUUUUCAGCUCUGGCUGAGAAUGGAUCUCUAAUCAACUGUAAGUAUCAGGUCCCAAACUACGUAAGGUGGCACAUUUUUUAGACUUGGCAGUGAAAGGAUGAGGAAUGGAGACCUAUUUUUAAGUGGACCAUGUUGGUGGUCAAUAGUAUCCAUUUCCAAAGAGGGAGAUUCCUUAACAUACUGAGUAAAUGAUGAGAUAGGAUCAGAUUGGAAAAUUUUUCAAUUUUUUCAAAAACAAUGUUAAUCUCUGCAUACAUACACCUACACACAUAGCAAAUAACUCAGAAUAACAAAAUGAUAUGACUUGAAUUUUGGGUUAUGAUUUUAGUGUUACCUUAAUUAUCCCAUAAUUUAAAUAAUGCUUUUUGCUAAAAUUAUAUCAUGUAAAGGAGAUGCCUUAAGUUUUAAAUCUUAUUUGAGGUAGAAUGCUGGGAACUACAGAAAAUUGCAGUCAUUUGGAAUUUGUUCUAUCUUAGAUUGCAUUUGUCAAGCUUUGGCAUUUCUUUUAAAUGUGAUGACCCCCAAUUUGCCAAACUGUCAGAAGUCAGUGAAGCAAAGAAUUGAAGGUAAAAUGUUGAUUCAAAGAUUGUCUCCCCUAAAUCCCUCAUCCCUGCCUCUGAAAUGGAACUUUGGAAGGCAUUUAUUUAGAAGAUUGGUCUGGCAGCCUUUAUAUUUGAAUUAAGUUUACUAGCAUCCCCACACUUGGUUUUAUGGAGAGAGAAAAUUUUUGUUUCUAUUACACUGUAUUUCAUCUGUCUGAUUUUGCUGGCAGAUUAAGAUGGUCCUGGUCUCUCAGGAUGCUUUUUUCCUUAAUAAAUGUCUUAUGUAAAUAAGAGCAGUUCA